GCUACGCACGCAUCCUUUCUUUCACAAUAGUCGUACUCCUCUAUGAUUUUGUCCCAUAAGAAUUUCUCUUCUCCUUCAACUCUCCAAUCAAAGCUAUUUUCGAGUUUAGAGACAACUUGAACCCAAGAUGUUUGCUAGAUGAUGAUUCGGAGAUGUUGUUGGAUACAGAGAUUUUGAGAUGUCGUCGAUUAGCCCGAGUCCCUGAAUCUGCGUGGAUGUUGGAAUUCGUCGAGGAGUAGAGCUGUUCGAGUGCCUGGUCCAUUUGUUGGUCACAUCUUGAAGUUGUGUUUGGAGCACAGAUCUUGCAUGCCCCGUAAAUCAGAUAGAGAUUUCUCAGGACUGCCUGGGUCUGUGCAUUAGCGUAUGAUGUUGCUGUGGUGGUGAAAGAGAUUGCUUCCACGAAGUUGCCUGUGUGGGUGAGGAUCGCACCACCGGAGCUCUGGCCUGCGUUGUAGUAGCCUUGAAUGCACAGACUGAGAGUAGAUACUAAGGAUAAGGCCAAGGCCUGAGACGAUGAUGAUGGAGUGGAACGCGUGCCAAGAUGAGUUAACGGGAACGACCUUGGCGGCUUUUAGCUAGAUUGAUAGAUUGCUUUAAAGUGGGAUGACGAUGAGGAUGGCGCACGUCGAAGACGCAGAGGAAGCUUGUUUGCCAGAUCUGGACGACGGCGCUUAGAUCUGUACGGCUCGUUUGCCAUGCCGAAGACGUAUAAGCCCUGGGAUGGCGACUUUGCUUCCAGACCGGAUGUCUAUGGAUGGAGAUUGUACGGCGGGCGGUGGCUGGACGACGGGCAGUAGAUCAACUUCGAACGACGCCUUCGCAGUCUAGUCGGGUGAACACCUGCCCCAGGGCAGAUUUCUGGGUCGGCGAGUGUGUUCCAAGGCCGGAGCUUUUGGAAGGAGGCGGCGCUGGACGGCGGCUGAACGGCGAAGCGGCUGGACGUUGGGGUGGCUGCUCUCGUACAUGUGGUUGGAGGUUGAAGCUAGGGUUGUUGAAAAUGGGUAGGAGGUUGGGGUUUUAUAGAUACAAACUAAAGGGUAUAUUUGUCCACCUAAAUUAAUUAUUAA